AUGCCUAAAUCUCGUACCACCAAGCUCAAGACGGCCAACAAGCUGGGAGGUAAAAUACCAUCAAAAGCAGAGAAUCCAAUUCAAAUCACAUCACCAAUGGAUACACUUCCACACAAACAUCCCGAGAAGAAAAAUCGUACGCCGCUUAAAGGUGGACUCGCCCUUCUCCAAGUAAGCAAAGCAAUGCAUCAAGAUGCUGCACAAAAUUUCUACGAACAUAACAAUUUCGUCAUUGGAUCUCCUAUUAAACACAUGCAAUAUGCAGCUCGCUUCGUCAAGGGUUGUAGAUCGAGUAUUCAUCCCAAUCAUCACGGGCUACAAUCAUUUCUCUCUCGCGUACCUCGAUUUUAUAUCAAUUGUAUCAGAGAACUUACCAUUUUAACAUCCGUAGCUAUUUUGACUGAACCCUACUAUUGUGCAUGUCCUGGACAACCCCCAAUCUCAUAUUUACACAUGCCGAAGACGCAAAUGAUGAUGGGCCCGAGUGGGAAUAUUGGUACACGGAAAAAAGUCUAG